GUGACGACGCCUGAGCAGCUUCCGAAGUCUCGCGGUGCUGUGUUUGGGCAUCCGGGAGGACGUGGGAGUAAUCGAAAUAAGCUCAUAUUCGAAUUUAUUCGGCAGCUAACAGGAUAUAGACCAGAGCGGCUGUGUAAAAGAGUAAGUCUGGGAUUACACGAUGUCUGACAGCGAGGACAGCGACUUCUCUGACAACCAGAGCGAGCGCAGCAGCGACGGAGAGGCGGAGGAAGUGGAGGAGAAUGAGGAGGAGCCGGCCAGCCCCGUGGGCAGUGACAAGGUGGCAGAGGAGGAGGGGGAAGACCUGGAGGACGAGGAGGAGUACGAUGAAGAAGAGGAGGAGGAGGACGACGACCGUCCCAGGAAGAAGCCCAGACAUGGAGGCUUCAUCCUGGACGAGGCCGAUGUGGACGAUGAGUAUGAGGAUGAAGAUCCGUGGGAGGAAGGAGCCGAGGACAUCCUGGAGAAAGAGGAGGCUGAAGUGUCCAACAUCGACCACGUGGUUCUGGAUGAGGAUCACUCCGGCUCCCGGCGGCUGCAGAACCUCUGGAGAGACUCUAGAGAGGAGGCGCUGGGUGAAUACUACAUGAGGAAGUAUGCCAAGUCGUCAGGAGGGGAGCAUUACUCUGGAGGGUCCGAGGAGCUGUCUGAUGACAUCACCCAGCAGCAGCUGCUUCCCGGGGUCAAGGACCCCAACCUCUGGACUGUCAAGUGCAAGAUUGGAGAGGAGAGAGCGACGGCCAUCGCCUUGAUGAGGAAGUUCAUUGCCUACCAGUUCACAGACACGCCGCUGCAGAUCAAGUCGGUCGUGGCUCCUGAGCACGUCAAAGGCUACAUCUACGUGGAGUCAUACAAGCAGACACACGUGAAGGCGGCCAUCGAGGGCGUGGGCAACCUGAGGAUGGGCUUCUGGAACCAGCAGAUGGUCCCCAUCAAGGAGAUGACGGACGUCCUCAAGGUCGUCAAAGAGGUCACCAAUCUGAAGCCCAAGUCCUGGGUGCGGCUGAAGAGAGGCCUGUACAAGGACGACAUCGCUCAGGUGGACUACGUGGAGCCAAGCCAGAAUACCAUCUCUCUGAAGAUGAUCCCUCGCAUCGACCUGGACCGCAUCAAGGCCAAGAUGAGUCUGAAAGACUGGUUUGCAAAGAGGAAGAAGUUCAAGAGACCUGCUCAGAGACUGUUUGACGCAGAGAAGAUCAGGUCUCUAGGAGGGGAGGUCAGUCAUGACGGAGACUUCAUGAUCUUUGAGGGAAACCGUUACAGCCGCAAAGGAUUUCUGUUCAAGAGCUUCGCCAUGUCUGCUGUGAUCACAGACGGAGUGAAGCCCACGCUGUCAGAGCUGGAGAAAUUUGAAGACCAGCCUGAAGGAAUCGACCUGGAGGUUGUCACUGAGUCAGGUAAGGAGCGUGAACACAACCUGCAGGCUGGUGACAAUGUGGAGGUGUGCGAGGGAGAGUUGAUCAACCUGCAGGGUAAAAUCCUGAGUGUGGACGGCAACAAGAUCACCAUCAUGCCCAAACACGAAGACCUGAAGGACCCCCUGGAGUUCCCAGCUCAUGAGUUGAGGAAAUAUUUCCGGAUGGGCGACCACGUGAAGGUGAUCGCCGGCCGAUACGAGGGCGACACCGGCCUGAUCGUCAGAGUGGAGGAGAACUUCGUCAUCCUCUUCUCUGACCUCACCAUGCACGAGUUGAAGGUCCUUCCCCGAGACCUGCAGCUGUGCUCGGAGACAGCGUCUGGCGUUGACGCUGGAGGCCAGCACGAGUGGGGCGAACUCGUCCAGCUGGACCCCCAAACUGUGGGAGUCAUCGUCCGACUGGAGAGAGAGACAUUCCAGGUGUUAAACAUGCAUGGGAAGGUGCUGACGGUGCGCCACCAGGCUGUGAACAGGAGGAAGGACAACCGUUUUGCCGUGGCUCUGGACUCAGAGCAGAACAACAUCCACGUAAAGGACAUCGUCAAGGUCAUCGACGGGCCGCACUCUGGUCGUGAGGGUGAGAUCCGUCACCUGUUCCGUGGCUUCGCCUUCCUGCACUGUAAAAAGCUGGUGGAGAACGGAGGCAUGUUCGUCUGCAAGACCAGACACCUCGUGUUGGCCGGAGGAUCUAAGCCCCGAGACGUCACAAACUUCACGGUGGGAGGAUUCGCUCCCAUGAGCCCCCGCAUCAGCAGCCCCAUGCACCACGGCGGCGGAGGCCAGCAGCAGAGAGGAGGAGGAGGAGGAAUGGGCCGUGGCCGAGGAAGGAGAGACAACGAUCUGAUUGGGCAGACGGUCCGCAUCUCGCAGGGUCCCUACAAAGGGUACAUUGGUGUGGUGAAGGACGCGACGGAGUCCACAGCCAGAGUGGAGCUGCACUCCACCUGCCAGACCAUCUCUGUGGAUAGACAGCGCCUAACCACCAUGGGAGCCAAGAGACACAGCGGCAUGACUUCCACCCACGGCCGAACUCCCAUGUACGGCUCCCAGACUCCCAUGUAUGGCACGGGCUCCAGGACUCCCAUGUACGGCUCCCAGACGCCGCUGCACGACGGAAGCCGUACGCCUCACUAUGGGUCUCAGACCCCGCUGCAUGAUGGGAGCAGAACACCCGGUCAGAGUGGAGCCUGGGACCCCAACAACCCUAACACACCCUCCAGGAACGAUGAUGAGUAUGACUUCGGCUACGACGACGAGCCCUCGCCCUCCCCUCAGGGCUACGGAGGAACCCCCAACCCCCAGACACCGGGUUACCCAGAAGUCCCCUCUCCACAGGUCAACCCUCAGUACAACCCUCAAACGCCAGGCACGCCUGCUAUGUAUAAUACAGAGCAGUAUUCUCCGUAUGCGGCCCCGUCCCCGCAGGGCUCCUACCAGCCCAGUCCCAGUCCUCAGAGUUACCACCAGGUGGCGCCCUCGCCUGUUGGCUACCAGAACACACACUCUCCAGCCAGCUACCACCCGACGCCCUCACCUAUGGCUUACCAGGCCAGUCCCAGUCCCAGUCCAGUGGGUUACAGUCCCAUGACGCCCGGAGCGCCCUCUCCUGGAGGCUACAACCCUCACACCCCAGGCUCCAACAUCGAGCAGGGCAGCAGCGACUGGGUCACCACUGACAUCCUGGUGCGAGUCAAGGACUCCUUCAUGGACCUGAUGGGACAGACUGGCGUCAUCAGGAGUGUUACGGGGGGGAUGUGUUCAGUCUUCAUGCAGGAGUCAGAGAAGGUUGUCAGCAUCAGCAGCGAUCACCUGGAGCCCGUCACCCCGACCAAGAACAACAAGGUGAAGGUAAUUCUGGGCGAAGACCGCGAGGCCACGGGGAUCCUGCUGAGCAUCGACGGAGACGACGGCAUCGUCCGCAUGGAGCUGGACGACCAGCUGAAGAUCCUCAACCUGAGGUUCCUGGGCCGCCUGGAGCACUGAGACGCACGCGCACACACACACACAGGGCGCCUUUGACAGCCUUUGCGAAGAAGGCUGAUGAUGGAGUUUGGCCAGCUGAUGAUAAAUUUCAUCUUUAUUCUCACUAUUGGACUUUUCUUUUCCCCGCUAUACUUAGUUUGUCCCGCCAGUGAAUUAAACGAGACUGGAGACGUUUAUGACAUCUGGAAAGGGGAAAUUGUGAGGAAAUGAACUUAUCCUUCCAGUCAUUACAUCAGAGUGUGUGUUCAAGUGUGUGUGAGAGAGAUUGCCAAAAAACACUCUCCAUGUGUUUUCCUCCCUGUCUGUGAUCACUGAUAGCAACGGCUCUCUCUCUGUCUCUCUCUCUAUUUUUUUCCAAAACCAAUAUCAGUCCAGCGGGUCUAUAAUUCUCUAUAAUUUUUUUUUAUUAUUAUUAUUAUUUUUGUCGUUAGGCUUGUUGUAUUCUUAGUGCUCUGGAUCUGUUUUUAGUGCUUUCUGUCUGUUUGGUUUUCUGGGCUCAGAGGGUUUCAGAUGGACGCAGCCUCGUCUUCGGGGAAACUGUAACUUGUCAAUAAACUGUGAACCAGUUCAUA